AUGGGAGAGGCGAUUACUACCAGAAUCUCCCACUGGACUACCAAAUGCCUCUCCUAUGCUGGCAGGCUUCAACUUGUUAGUUCAGUUUUGAUGAGCAUGCAUAUAUAUUGGUGCUCAAUUUUUAUUAUCCUUGCUUCUGUUAUCAAAGGAGUGGAGGAUUUAUGCAGAAAAUACUUAUGGCAUGGUAUGAACUCUUCUAGUAAAGGUGGUCUAGUCAACUGGAGUAAUCUUAAGAAGUUAAGCUUUUGGGGAAUAACUAAGCCUAAUGAUGCCUCCUGGAGUUGGAGACAGAUGGUGAAUAUCAGAAGCAAGAUUGAAAGUUUUUUUGUAUACAAUUUGGGUGAUGGCUCUAGAUUUUCUUUCUGGUUUGAUCCCUGGGCAAAUGGUAUGUCUUUAGUCAACAGGUUCCCUGAAGUUGAUAUUAUGGAUACUGAUAUUGAUAGAACAGCUACUGUGAAUAGUCUGUGGAGGAAUAGGUCCUGGCACUUUCCAGAUCCCUUUGAUGACUACACUUUGUCUAUAUGGGAUUAUAUUAAGAGGAAGUUUGAGAUAAAUCCUCUUAGACCAGAUAAAGUUCUUUGCAAGCCUCAUGAUGAUUUUUCUAUUAAGAGUUCAAUUAUGGAUAAACUGCAUACCAGGGAUAAAAUGCUCAAAUGGGGAGUAAUUCAUUCUAAUAGUUGCUGCUUCUGCAACUCGAAGACUGAAACUGUUGAUCACUUAUUUUUUGAAUGUGAUUAUUCCAAAGCUAUCUGGAGGAAGCUGCUUGUUGACAUGAAUUUCAAUAGAGACAGUUACCAUUGGAGAAGGGAAGUGAGCUCCCUUGUUAGAAGAACCAAAGGGAAGUCAAAAAUAGCAAGAGAUAGGAAAAACACGUUUUGUGCUGCUAUCUACCAUAUCUGGAGAGCCAGGAAUGAGAAGAUAUUCAAUCAGAAUUUGAUGAAAGAAGGGAUGCUUGUUGCUUUGUUUGUUUUGGUCCAGUUGUAG